CUUAGAAUGCAGCCAAUUCCAAAACUUUUAGCUGGACUUAUUCUGCUGGCGUUAUGUGUGGUGGGCUGCUCCAGCCAGCACUGGUCCUAUGGAUUGCGCCCUGGAGGAAAGAGAAAUGCAGAAAAUUUGGUUGACUCUUUCAAAGAGAUAGCCCAAGAGGUUGAUCAACUAGAAGAACCUCAGCGCUUCGAAUGUACCAUUCACCAGCCACACUCUGCCCUCAGGGACCUGAAAGGAGCUCUGGAAAAUCUGAUUGAAGAAGAAACUGGACAGAAGAAGAUUUAAAUCCACUGGGCCAGAAGGAUUGACAAUACUUAAGAAGUAGAAUUCUGACUCUGUGACCCAUUUAAUAUCUCUCUGUAAAUGGUG